CCCCUGGGUUUCUGCUGACAGUGGAACAGUCCAACUUGCUCUGGGCUCUGUUGUUGUGCAGAGCUGCAGAAGGCCUGACAGAGCCAAGCAGACAGGGACAGAGGCAAAGAGGACGUAGAUUUACAGACACGAGACAUUGGACAAGAAGUUUUUUGGGAACAAUAUCAUCGACAAGCCAGAUCCAAAGCAACCAAGGAGAAGAUAAAAGAAAAGCAACCUGGAGAGAAAGUGAAAGAGAGACACAAGGUGAAGGAGGAGAAAGAAGGAAGGAAGGAAAGGGAGGGAGGAGAGGACGCUUGGAUAUGAGGAGCAGCACCUGACUGCUUCUACUAUCAGCCAAUCCACACGCAUAACCAGACCAUUAAUAACACAUUUUGCUUUGGAUAUUUUCAUUGCAAAGCUGUGUCCUCCAUCCUUUCUUCUCCGCUGAGGACGAGAAGAGGAAGAGGGAGGAGGAGGAAGAGGAGAAGGGGAGGAGGAGGGGGGGUGCCAGUAACCCUCUCCUUCCUCUGCCCAGACACAGCAGCCGAACGGGGAGACAGACGCGAGAAGUCACCUCAGAAGGCACCCCAGGCCCGCCGUUUUGCUGCCGUCCCCUGUGGUCCCCGGACCAGAGAGCGGCUCCCAGGCACCGCUCAUGUCCGUGAACUCAGAGAAAUCCUCGUCCCCCGAAAGGCCUGAGACGCAGCAGAAAGCCCCGGUGAGCACGCCCCCACCCCCGCCGCCCCCUCCACCCCCUCCAGAGCCCGUUGGACCUCCUGAACCCGAGGAGGAAAUCCUGGGCUCGGACGAUGAGGAGCAGGAGGACCCCGCCGACUACUGCAAAGGAGGGUACCAUCUGGUGAAGAUCGGGGAUUUGUUCAAUGGGAGGUACCAUGUGAUCAGGAAGCUCGGGUGGGGACACUUCUCCACCGUAUGGCUAUGCUGGGAUAUACAAGUGAAGAAUUUUGUGGCUAUGAAGGUGGUGAAGAGCGCUCAGCAUUACACCGAGACAGCCCUGGAUGAGAUCAAACUGCUGAGAUGUGUGAGAGAGAGCGACCCCGAAGACCCAAACAAAGACAUGGUUGUUCAGCUGAUCGACGACUUCAAGAUCUCAGGAGUCAACGGCAUUCAUGUGUGUAUGGUGUUUGAGGUACUAGGCCACCACCUGCUGAAGUGGAUUAUCAAAUCUAACUACCAAGGACUGCCCCUGCCCUGUGUCAAGAGCAUCAUCCGACAGGUGCUGCAGGGUCUGGACUAUCUCCACACCAAGUGUAAAAUCAUUCACACAGACAUCAAACCAGAGAACAUCCUCAUGUGUGUAGACGACACGUUUGUGCGGAGGAUGGCCAUGGAGGCUACAGAGUGGCAGAAGGCCGGAGCUCCACCUCCGUCUGGGUCAGCAGUUAGCACAGCCCCUCAGCUCAAACCGGUGAGUACGAUUGAUAUGGGUAAAAUUUCCAAGAACAAAAAGAAAAAGCUGAAAAAGAAGCAGAAACGUCAGGCCGAGCUGCUGGAGAGACGGAUGCUGGAGAUCGAGGCCUUGGAGCGGGAGGCGGAAAAGAAGGAGGAAGAGGACGAGGAAGAGGAGGAGGGCAAAGACGGAGAGGAGAAGGGGUCAAGAGAAACCAACCGCGGGACCCCGGAGCAGACCGCACCAGCGCUGGGGCCCAGUAUGGCUCUGGGAGAGAGUGAUGAGGAGGAUGAAGAGGAGGAGGAGGGAGAGGAGGAGGAGGAGGAGGGAGUGGAGAGAGUGGAGAGGCCAACCAGGCUCACCAACCAAACAUGUGCACAGCCACCAGAGGACGACAACGAAACCACUCCAGUCCAGGACGCUGACGAAGACCCCGCAGAUGAGGAAGAGGAGGACGAGUCCACCCCUGUAGCCGAAAAAAAUCCUCCAAUCCCCCCUCAGUCUGAAGAGGGCAAUGGAGACACACCACAGAUUGAAGAAGAAGAGGAGCAGGAGAAGGAAGAGGAAGUACUGAACAACACCGAAGACGAAGAGGAGAAAACCGACGAGACUAAAGAUGAAGAUACGGAAAAAAGUCAAGGAGAUGAGUCAAAGAGCGAGAGCAAGACGGAGGAGACAGGAGACGAGGAGACAAGGGAGCAGGAGGAAGAGGAGGAGGAGGAAGGUGAGGACGACGGAGAUGAAGACACAACGGCGGAUCUCCUCACAACCGCAGACUUACUCACAGACAAUUCCCCAGUCAAAUACAACAACAAAAGCAAUCUGGCUAAGACGAACGGCCACGUGUUGUUGGGUAAUGAAGUACUCAAAGUUAGUAGUGGGACACCUCCCCCUCCCUCGCCCACCCCUGAGCCGCUACUCUGCCCCCUAGUGGAGUCAGAGCUCAGUUACACAGACAGGGACCAGUCAUUAAGUUCAGGUUAUGAGUUGUACAAUGGAGAGGUGACGGAGACAGGUUUGACUAAUGGGUCUUCGGGUGAGAGACAUAAAGCGACGAUACCCCUGUUCCCCGACCUGCCCCUGGAUCCUGAGCCGGGAAACCCUAUAUCUGAGACAGACAUCGGAGCACAGCCGACACCCAAUAGCCCCACAGCCGACCGCAGCCGCACUGUGUCGUCUUCCAGCACCGGAGACGCACCCAAAGUCAAAGCCCGAGCAGCUGAUCUGCUAAUAAACCCAUUAGACCCACGCAACGCCGAGUCCAUCCGUGUGAAAAUCGCUGAUCUCGGAAACGCCUGCUGGGUGCACAAGCACUUUACUGAAGACAUCCAGACAAGACAAUACCGGUCAAUCGAAGUACUCAUAGGAGCUGGUUAUAGCACUCCAGCUGAUAUUUGGAGUACUGCCUGCAUGGCAUUUGAACUGGCAACUGGAGACUACUUAUUUGAACCCCACUCUGGAGAGGACUACUCACGUGAUGAAGACCACAUCGCUCUGAUCACGGAGCUCCUGGGAAAAGUGCCCCGCAAAGUGGUGGCUGCCGGGAAGUACAGCCGGGAAUUUUUCUCCAAGAAAGGCGAGUUACGGCAUAUCACCAAGCUGAAGCCCUGGUCACUGUUCGACGUCCUGGUGGAGAAAUACGGCUGGUCGCACGAGGACGCCGGACACUUCACGCACUUCCUGUUGCCCAUGUUGGAGAUGGUCCCUGAAAAACGGGCCUCAGCUGGUGAAUGUCUCAACCACCCCUGGCUCAACUCAUAGCCCUCAAAAAACCUCCAAAAAGCUUCCCUUUUCCCCUUAAAAAAACCUGUUGUAGACUGUGAAUCAAGACUAUCUAUCUGUGCUUAAAUGUGUAGGCUACAGCUCUACCCAUCAUACUUUCCCCAAGAGGAAUGUAAAGGUAUGCACCAAAUUGACUCAGAAGUGGGGGUCUUCCAAUGAUUAUACAUGGAUGGUAAUGGACGCUGCUGUUUACCCACAAUGCUAAGGGAGAAAACUGUUCAAAUCACAUAUAUUUCAGUUGUGCCGUCAAGAUGCCAGCAAGCCACUUCCAGUAGUAAACUCAUCUACUUAUGGACCUCUCAGCUUUACAGUGACAAUAAAAGGAAAUUCACAUCUUCACUAGAGCUCCAGCUGCCUCAAAAUAUAUUAAAAAUCUGUGUGGGAAAAAUGUAGAGUGCCUGACUGUUUUCCUCUAUAUCCGAACAAGUAGCCUGAACCCCAGCUUGAUGUGGAAAUGCACCCACUUCAGAUUAAAGUUUACACCUAAAAAAAUCUUUGUAGUUCUGCUAAGCGAUUAGCAAGAAGUCCAAAGCAAGCUACACGGAGCCUGGAGAAAUGAGGAACUUACUGCUAUGAUAAAGGUGCAAAAUAAAAAUAAUAUACAAUCAACUUACCACAGAGGACAGUUCAGUCGUUAAAAAGACUAUAAAAUGCAUGGAUAAAGACUGGUGGAGUGGCAUGAACAGAUAUGAUAAAACGGACAAGGAUGUGUUAUUUAAUUUAUGCAUUUCAUUCCUGUUUCAUACUUCUUUAUUGAUGUAUUUGUUAAAGGUGCACUGUGUAACUUUUCAAGUGGAGUGUUGGGUACCUGCUUUUCUUCACUGAAUUGUUAUUGCUUAGCCUGGAAUAUUCCACAGAAUGGGAUUAACUUUAUUUUACGAGGCCGUUACAAAUCAGGUUUCCAGACAGUAAGAAUUAAUGUUUUUCGAUGUAUUUUCAAGCAUUACAACCACUGAUGGAAUACAUACUGUGGUAUAUUACAGGCAAUGCAAUAACAUCUCCAUGGAGACAAGCGGGUAACAGACCCUCCACCAGGAAAUUUACAUAGUAUACUCUUAAGAAGGAUAUCACCGGUGCCCUUUCUCAUAUGUAAUCCUCUACCUACAUUCUAGAUUUUAGUUUCCUGGUUUGUCCUGGCUGUGGCACGUUUUUUGGAAUGGUACCGUCGCCCUUUUUUCCCCAUUUUUGAGAAACUUUUGAGCUUCUUCUGGGAGGUGGCGAUCACAUGGAGGUUGCACUUGUCUUUGUAGAUGUCCUUCAGGGAUUUCAAACAUUUGUACAUAAAAAAGCUGAAAAACUAGCGACGCAAAUAAGUGACUGUGAACAAACGUUUUUCAACACACAAACAUCAUUCCAAAACAGACUUUGUUUAAUUUCUCUGCUGCAGCGGGAGGGGGCGCCAUAGCUCAGGCCUGGAGGAAUGUUGACAUGACUGUGCCCCUGAUGGCGGUGCGAGAGUACUGCUGGUGCUCUCAGUGCCAACGCUCCAAAAAGACGUUCCACCAUAUCUCCACUUAUUCAAUAUUUCUUGAUCUCACGCAUACACAAAAAUGGUAUCAUAGUUAGUCCAGUUGCCUAUUUUUCGCAAUAAAUAAAAAAGAUGAGUAUAAGUAAAUGGUGAAAUAUUUUUAAAAGCUAUUUAAUUCAUUAAAAACAAAAGAAAAAAAUGAGACAUUUUCUCUGGUUGUUGUGACCGUGGCAGAAUCUUGUCUUAUACUGAGGUGAUUGUGUUUGUCCAUUAGAGAUGUUUUAUUUCUUUUGUCAUUAAUAUUAAUUAUUAUUAUUAAUAUUACAAUGAUUUUUUUACACAGUUGUCACCUCUCCCCUCCCUCCUUACUUGAACAGUGCUGCUCUGUUUGGGCUCUCUAUGGUGAAAUAAAAAUAAUCAACAGUUUUACAAUAAAGGCACCAAAACGUC